UUAGAAUUAGUUUUAAUCAUUGUCAAGGAAUGACAUUAAAACUUUGCACUUUACUAUCUAAGAACAAAUUGCAUUUAAAAAAAUUCGAAUUAACAGGUUCAAGAUUCAUUACAAAUUUAAGCUUAGAUCAAACAUUUAUUAUUAUCCCAUUAAUUACUAUGUGGGGGUCAACUCUAGAAGUUUUACAUCUGGAUAAAUUAAGUCAAGAAAUUGCAAAUACACUAAUAAUUCACUGUUCAAAUCUUAAAGAGUUUGUUAUUUCUAAUUCAAGUGCAAAUUCGGUCUACUUAAUAUAUACUUUUCUAAAGCAAUCAUCUCUUAAAUCUCUUCAUAUUGAUUGGUAUAGAGCAAGCUACGAACAUUAUCUUAAUUUAGUUCCAAACUUGCCAACCACAUUAACAUUUUUGGGUUUAAAUACAAAUUUUAGUGAAUUGGAAUUUGAAAAUUUCGUAAAAUAUUGUGGUAAAUUUCUUGAUUUGAAAACAUUAACUAUUAAGCGUCUGUAG